AUGCCUUUCUGGCUCAGACGGGGCCGUUCAAAGGCCAAUCAAAAUGCAAGUCAGGAUUCAGCUGCAGUGGCGUCCAACCCAGCGCAGGUAUCGAGGGACCACCUGAGUUUGGAUGGCGAACACAAAGAUGAGCAACAGUGCGACUCCACUGAGGGCGCUACGCCAUCGAACCGCGUCAUGCUGGUCUCUGCCGCUGCUCACGGGGCUUCUCCCACGACUGCAAUGGAGCCCCGGCCUUCAUUUUUUCGGCGAACAAUUUCGAGCCUCUCAACCAAGGUCAUUCCGAAGAUGCGGUCCGAUAGUAGCAAAAUAGCAACGAGAGAUCAAGGCAACCAGACACAGUCAAACGGAGAGGGGCGGCUGGGAAAAAUACCAAGCGGGGGAAAACAGCCCAACGAGGGCCCCGUGUCCGCUGAGGCAGAUCAUGCAAAGAGGGGAUUCUACGGUUUACGCCAGCGCUUUCACACAGCCCACCAUAACUACACAGCACAAGCAGCAGCCGGCCACGACGGUGCAGCUGAUCACUCUCUGCACCUCCCUCUUCACUUGCGCCACCUCCAUCUCCCGCACAUUCUGCACCACCCCACCCAGCAGGUCGGCAUGUCGAGUGUGGAGCAGGAGGUGGAAGUCAUGCAGUUGCUUCAAAGAGCCACGAACCAGGCCAAGAGAAUCGUCGAGCGUGCAAGAGGAGAGCGCGACAUACUCAUGCAGAGGGCUCGGGAAGAGGCUGAAGAGGAAAUCAAAGCUCUCAGAUGCAAGCUCGAAGAAGAAGCCUUGAAAGAUCAGCAAAAAGGUAACAACGGGGAAGAUGCUGUCCGUGAGGCAACAACGGAGGAAGACAACCAGAUGCGCCAAAUCCUCGAGCAUGCCUCUAAGAACAUGGACGCCUCAGUAUCAUUAUGCGUGGAUCAUGUUCUUACCGUCGACAUAUCGCUAGCUGAGGAUCGCCGGCGAGCACUGCGCAACUUGCGAAGGAAUCCCCCGAGUUUCCUUCGAAAGAGCAAAGCUCAGAGUUACCCGUCAGAGCGAAGGGUAAUAGCAGAGCGCGUGGCAAAGGGCAAACGGAAUAAGCAUAUUUCAGACUUCUCGUGGGAUGUUGAUAAUCUCGAAUAUCCGACGCUCGACAACAGUUCACCGGAGCAAGAUGAUUUGUAUGCUAGAAUCUUGGGUGAUCGUACACUCAAGGAAGAGGAGGAAGUUUAUAUUGAUUUCGAUGAAUUGGAGCGGCCUCUUCCUCUUGGACGCUUCUCGUCGGCCAUGCAAAGUAUUCAGACCACAUGUGGCUGUUUCCUCGGAUAA